UUUUUCUUUGGGUAAUCAAACACAUUCCUUACGGGGAGAGGGAGUUUAGGGUUCAAGCUUUAAUUUGCGGAGGGGAAGAAAACACAAAAAUGGCAGCAGAUUCAAUUUCUCGAAAAUCUUUAUUAAUUCGUAAUUUCUGUAAAUCAAUCGAGAAGAAACAUAAACAGCAUUUAUCAUUCCUUUACACUUUCACUUCCACCUCCAAUUUCAACUUCAACAUAACCUUCAAAAUUUCUUGUUUCUACAAGCUUGAAUCUCAACUCUUUGAAGGUUGAGAAGAGAGGCAUCUCUGUUGAAUACAUUGCGCCCAAUUCACAGUGCUACUGCUUCUGCUUGUUCUGUAUCCAAGCUUCCUACUGAAGUUUGCACAUCUAAUGACGGUUUGUCUAAUUAUUAUUGCAUUUAUUUUUCUUUCAGUUUGUAGAUAAGAAGAAAUACAUGUUUCAUAUACAGCACAUCUUGAUCAAUCAAUUUGAUAGGAUUCUCAUACUACAACCACCCUAUUGAUAUGGAGUUUAGGCUAGAACGACAGUGGAACGACGUACAUACUAGAGAGAUUAGAUUUGGUUACUCCGUGAAAACACAAGUAUGCUUUGCAUUUGCAUCCUUAUAGGGCUUGCAAGGAUGUUGCUGAAAUAUCCUCCUACCAGUUAGUAGAGCCAGUCUUAAAAAAUAGGAUCCGCUCACUGUCUUUUCUUUCCAUGGUAUAUAAGUCAGUCUAGGAGUGUCAACCACUUCUUUAGUAAUGUUCCAGCGGACUGAUUCCUCAUCUAGAGACAACUAAUGCAUUGACUAUUUUGGAAGGGAUGUUCUUAUUGUAUAGCUGCCUGUUACUUGAAACUACAUCAUUUUAUUUUGUCGAUCUCUAAGGCCAUUUCCAUAUUCGCAUCACCAACUAAAUUGAAAACCCUUUUUCGUCACAAAAAAUUCUAAACAGACUGAGGAAAUGAAUGCAGAUUUGUUUAUACAAGAUGCGAAUAGGUAGAAUCAUACAUCAUUGAUAUAUAUGUGCACACACAUUCUAAAGUCUCUUGCUAUCUAAUUUCCAAGGUAGGUGUAGACAACUUCAAAAUAAACGCCCUGUCAAGAAAACCUUAUCUUAAAACUAAUCAUGAUCUGUAUUAGACUAUUAGUUAUGUUGUGAUUGACUUUCUAUUGCUUUGUUGGAUGUGUAGGAAAUUAUGUAAUGUGGCUCCUAUCCUCCUUUAAGUGAUACCGGGGCCAACUUGAGCCCGGGCAUUCAUGGUACGUCCAUGUUCAAUCUAAAACUUUUCUGGUCAUAUGUUCCAAAUGUUCCAUUUGCUUAGAAUGUUAAUAGAGAUUCAAUAGUUGUUAUCUUGUAUAACACCCUCGAAUUGUCAAUCCUAGUUCCAUCCCUGGGCAAGAACAACUGUUAUCGUUAGUUAGCUUUGUCAUCACCAAAUUAUUGAUACCGAUUUACAUGUACCAAUGAAUAUACAGCUCAAAAAUCAAAAUAAAGUUUAGCUAUACAAAGUCAAUUGUUAUAGUUUAUUCAUAUUGUGUUACAUCAUGGUAAAGCCUGUGAAUUAUGGAGGUCUUAGAUGCAUUUUUCUCAAGAAAAUAUCAUCAAAAGCAAGGUAGCGGUCUUAAUCUAAACAUUGUGACCGUUGAUCGACCGUCCAGAUUAAGAACAUAGCCAUUGGCAGGUAUGUUUACAGUGUUCUCUCGCUAUAUAUAUUCUAGUGUUUGAUCUUGUUAAGGAUCAUAAUGUUUUUUUCCUCUCUUUAAAUUUCUUCAAAUAAUACGAAAUAUUCAUAUUCUUACAGUACUCUUUUCUUUGCAAUUUCUGAGCACUCGGUCAUUCGCGUCCCACAAGUAACUAUGGCGUGGUAUAAAGAUCCUCAAUUGUAUAUAUCUCGUGAAACGCCAGGGUUAAAGCUAUACAGGAUGAAGGAACCAAUUGGUACCCCCAUUGCUCUAUCAGGUAUAAUUGAUUACGGAUUCUUAGAUUACUCUAAACAUCUCUCUUUGGCAAAUAACAAAGAAAGCGAUUUUGAUGCUUUCUUAUCUUCCAUCCAAUUUGAUGGAGUGACUUUCAAGCUUAUAAAUUGUCAAGGCUGGGUGGUGUACCAGAUGGCCAGUAAUUACUACCACUUAACCUGGGCACGUGAACCACUUAAUUCGCCCUUUUAUAGGCUGCCUGGUAUUAAUACUCCCGAAACAGAACUAUUGGCUCAGAAAGAAGCUCUUGACAGAAGAGUUUCCAUCUUGGAAGCAGAAAUAUCACCGCUCAAAGUUGUAGUCCGAAUGAGCAAAGAAAAUAGGAAUACUCUUAUUCGCGAGAAACAAGCUCUGGAAAGAAUAGUUUCGGACCUAAAAGCAAGAAAUUCAACUCUCGAAGAUGAUAAGCUCAAGCUUAUGAAUGACUUGAAUGAAAUAAAGGCUGAGAAUCGAGUAGAGAAACGACUUUCUGAUCUAGAAGCAACAGUUUCAACUCUCAGGGAAUUCAUGAGGAGUUGUGAUGGUAAGAACACUUUUGUCAAUGAACUGGAUGAUGAGAAAGCGGAAAUCAAGGCAGAACAAGUAUCUGUUUUGACAUCAAAACUCAAAGACUGUUGUGGUGCUGGAGGUAGAUCAGCUGAUGAAGAACCAUGGAAAAGUGGGUACUGAGUGUGUAAGAGUUUUAGUAGAGUUUAUGAGAGGUGUUAAAGAAGUGUAAUGCUCGUUUUAGUUUGAACAGCUAUAACUGUCAGCUAAGACAAAUUUAAGUGACAGAAUUCUGUUACCUCAUCACCUCUCACACUCUCUGUCGUCACUGUUGUUUCCUCUCUUUUUUACAGCUUUUAGAAGGCAUUUGAUGUAAACUAUUGUGCUUCUGAAUGGAAUGUUCUUAUCUGAUUCUCACA